AUGGAGUUUAUGAAAUCCUUAGGAAAAGGUUCGUAUGGUUCCGUGGAUCUCAUCAGAUUCACAAAACCCAACGGUUCAGAUCCGUACGACCAAGCCGUGAAAAGCUCUUACGCAAAGGACUAUGAGUCUCUCUACAAAGAGUUUCAGAUUUUGUCUAAACUCAGAGAUUGUCCGAGAAUCGUGCGAACCUUCGGAACAUCUCUGUCGAGAGGUGUCAACGAUUACGGAGUCAGAGUUUACAGAAUGUCGAUGGAGUACGCAGCUGCUGGAAGUUUAACUUCUUUCAUGGAAACAAGAUCAUUGCUGCAUGAUUCGAUGAUCAGAGAUUUCACUCGUAUGAUACUACAAGGACUUAUCUCUGUUCAUAAUCACGGUUAUGUCCACUGCGAUCUCAAACCGGAGAAUCUCCUUGUGUUUCCACGUCACGAAUACGAAGAAGACGGUGUUGGUGGACUUAAAUCAUCAUAUGAAUUGAAGAUCUCAGAUUUUGGUAUGUCGACGGAAGUUGGAAAGGAGUCGAAAGCUUGGGAGUUUGAUUCUCCUUAUUUGGGAACGCCUCUUUACAUGUCGCCGGAAUCUGUUCACGACGGCGUCGCCGAGAAAGAGUUAGACUUGUGGUCAUUAGGUUGCAUUGUUUUGGAGAUGUAUACAGGAGAACUGCCAUGGCCGUUCGAAGAUUCUAAGGAGCUUUUGCCUGUUUUGUUGAAUGGGAACGCACCUGAGAUUCCACAGUCUCUACCUUGUGACGCAAGGCAGUUUCUACAAACGUGUUUUGCAAGAAAUCCAAAGGAGAGAGGAAGCGCUUUGGAGUUAUUGAAGCAUCCCUUUCUCCGGAAAGUUUCCGAUCAGAAGAAGGUGAAGGUUACCGGCGCCGGAGCUAAGAGAAAGUCGGUUGUGGAGUUAAAGUCGAAAGAUAUUGCAAAGAAGCCCCCAAAAGUGAAGAUUGUUCCACCUAAGACCCCACAGUUUAAGAAAAAUUUAAAUAGACCCUUGAAGCUGAAGAUUAUACCUCCGAGACCUCCAUGA